AUAUGAUCGGCAUUAUUAUGACACAAACACAGUACGGUGCUCGAGUUUUGUUGCGUAUGUGAUUAAGUCGUGGUCACUGCGUAACAAUAAUUUCGCCGUCUCAAAUGAAUUUAUGUAUUCCACCUUGUUUUGUGGUUUUUCAUUUUCGUAUUAUUUACAUUGAUUAGUGAACGCGGUUUCGCCGUCUUACAUACAACAUACUCAUCUUCAAAAUAUUCUCAUCACGUCGGUCAUCGUCCAUCGCCAGCAGUUUAACUCACCAGGUCCCUCGUCAUACCAUACUUCAUUGUCACGGUGUCGAAACGUGCAUGUUAUUCGUAAUCGUUGCCAAUUUAUAUUGAGACAAAAAAAAAAAAAAACCUGUGGUGCUUUGGGACCAGUCCGAGCGAUGACUUUCCCGUUGCAUCAAGACGCCGCCGCCGCCGCUGUUUUACGGAGAACUAGAAUGAUGCUGCUACUUUUGCUGUUGAUGUUCUCCUUUUCAUCGUUUCCAUCGGUCACCGCCGAGUGUCCAGAAGGGUGUACGUGUUACGAUGAAGUUGUUGAAUGCUAUGAGCAGGUACUGGACCGAAUACCCGACCGCAUACCUCAGGCUACCAAAACGCUGGACUUGUGCUAUAACGAAAUCAGGGAUAUCGAAUCAUUAGCUCUACUGACAGAGUUACAGUCAUUGGACUUAAGCUUCAAUGAAAUCAUGGAUAUCGAAUCAUUAGCUCAUCUGACAGAGUUAAAGACAUUAAAUUUGAGCAACAAUAAUAUUGUUGAAGUGAAAAAUCGUGUAUUUGCAAACCUUUCGCAGCUUCAGAUAUUAUUCUUGCAUAGAAAUAAAAUCGAAAACAUCGAGACUGGGGCUUUUAAUAACUUAACGAGUUUGAAAGAAUUAGAAUUGGAUUACAACAACAUUCAUAAGCUUGAUUUGGAAAUGUUUAAGGGACUUACAAAACUGGAUGAACUAGGGUUGAGCAACAAUAAUAUAAAAGAACUGAAAAAUGGUGUUUUUUCAAAUCUUCGGAAUCUUCAGUUAUUGUACUUGGAUAAUAAUAAAAUCAUGGAAAUUGAAUCAUUAGCUCAUCUGACAGAGUUAAAAACAUUAUAUUUGAGAAACAAUUAUGUAAGUGAAUUGAAACAUGGUGCAUUUGCAAACCUUUCGCAGCUCCAGAUAUUAUUAUUGCAUACAAAUAAAAUCGAAAACAUCGAGACUGGGGCUUUUAAUAACUUAACGAGUUUGAAAGAAUUAGAAUUGGAUUACAACAACAUUCAUAAGCUCGAUUUGGAAAUGUUUAAGGGACUUACAAAACUGGUUAAACUAGGGUUGAGCAACAAUAAUAUUAGUGAUGUGAAAAAUUGUGUAUUUGAAAACCUUUCGAAGCUUCAGAUAUUAUAUUUGAGCAACAAUAAUAUAAGUGAAUUGAAACAUGGUGCAUUUGCAAACCUUUCGCAACUUCAGAUAUUAUUCUUGCAUAGAAAUAAAAUCGAAAACAUCGAGACUGGGGCUUUUAAUAACUUAACGAGUUUGAAAGAAUUACAAUUGGAUUACAACAACAUUCAUAAGCUCGAUUUGGAAACGUUUAAGGGACUUACAAAACUGGAUAAGCUAAUGUUGAGCAACAAUAAUAUAAGUAACGUGAAUAAUGGUGUUUUUUCAAACCUUUCGAAGCUUCAGAUAUUAUAUUUGAGCAACAAUAAUAUAAGUGAAUUGAAACAUGGUGCAUUUGCAAACCUUUCGCAACUUCAGAUAUUAUUCUUGCAUAGAAAUAAAAUCGAAAACAUCGAGACUGGGGCUUUUAAUAACUUAACGAGUUUGAAAGAAUUAGAAUUGGAUUACAACAACAUUCAUACGCUCGAUUUGGAAAUGUUUAAGGGUCUUACAAAACUGGAUAAACUAUAUUUGAGCAACAAUAAUAUAAGUGUAUUGAAACAUGGUGCAUUUGCAAACCUUUCGCAGCUCCAGAUAUUAUUCUUGCAUAGAAAUAAAAUCGAAAACAUAGAGAGUGGGACUUUUAAUAACUUAACGAGUUUGAAAGAAUUAGAAUUGGGUUACAACAAGAUUUAUAAACUCGAUUUGGAAGUGUUUAAGGGACUUAUAAAACUGGAUAAACUAGGGUUGAGCAACAAUAAUAUAAGUGAAGUGAAUAAUGGUGUUUUUUCAAACCUUCGGAAUGUUCAGUUAUUGUAAGAAUAUAAAUUAAAAAGUAGCUAGUGAUUAUAUAUUUAUUUAUAUCAUAUCCCAAGUAACAACUUAACAUUAAAUAAAUAAUGUGCAAAUAUUUAUUUACUAAUGUUACAAAAAAUAAAUAUAUAAUCAAU